AUAGCAUUGCUUCCGGCUAUGGCGGUCACCAGGGAAAUAGUAAAACUAGCUUUAUGUUCAAGGUUUGCUGUAAUCAUUCUACAGUUUGUAGGCAACGUCUUGAUUCCAGAUCAUGAAGCUGGUGUAUUCAACCCUCCGAUUGCAAGUGCAGACAAGUUCACCAGUUUUGACAAGCUUGUCUUCUUCAUCCUGGGUGGAUUUCGUCGCUGGGAUGCCGUGUAUAUCUUACAUAUUGCAGAGCAUGGCUAUACUUUUGAAAACUGUGUGGCCUUUUUCCCCUUAUAUCCUAUGAUAGUUUCUUUAGUGAAAGUACUACCAAUAACCGUUGUAUCACAGGCAUCUCAGUUGUUACUGUUUGCUGUGGGGGUAAAUCUGCUGCUAUUCGCAGCUACAGCAGUAAUACUGUUCCAUCUUGGAAAAACAGUGGUGAAAGAUUUAGAGCUUGCAUUGUGUGCUGCUCAUCUUUUUUGUAUCAAUCCUGCCAGUAUAUUUAUGAUAGCACCAUACACAGAGACACUCUUUGCAUUCCUUUCAUUUUUGGGAAUGCUUUACAUCAGCAAGAAACUAGUGUGGACAGGAGCCUUUGUACUGAGUGCAUCAGCUCUGACAAGAUCAAAUGGCCUGGUUUCUGUUGGGUUCAUUUUACAUUAUCUCACUCAAACAUACAUUUUUCAAGGUGCUGCUAUAUGGAAAGCUAAAACAGGCAGAGGAAAUUUCAAAGAGCUAUUGUGGCCUAUGCUUCACUUUAUCUUUCGAGCAGUUUGUGUUUUUGCUAUAGUAAUAGCUCCAUUUGCUUUUUACCAGUAUUACAUUUAUCACUUGUUUUGUAAUCCAAAAAAGCAACUUAUAGACUCAGUGUCUAGUGAAAUUGUUGUGUAUGGACGAUUACAGAGGUAUACCAUGGUUGGAGAUCCACCAUCUGCAUGGUGCUAUUACUGGCUCCCACUGUCCUAUUCAUAUGUGCAGAAUCAGCACUGGGGGGUUGGAUUGUUGACAUAUUUUCAAGUGAAACAAAUCCCUAACUUUAUUCUCGCUGCCCCGGUGAUAAUUCUAAGCUUUGGUUCUUGCUGGGACUACUACCAGAAACAGAAAAGUGUAUGCCACACCCUGGGUCUGAUAAAGAUCAUGACAAAGAAGACAGAACACAAAGCAGAUGGAGAGAGUCAAAUUAGAGGAUGGGCCCAACCAGAUGUAAUGGUCUACAUCCUGCAUCUUUUAUUCCUCACAGUCUUUGGUUGUCUUUUCAUGCAUAUUCAGGUGUUGACUCGACUGCUGUUUUCUGCAUCACCUGUCAUUUACUGGUUUACGGCAGACUUUCUUCUUCGUCACACCCAGGAUCAAUCUUUUUGGGUUCAGAAUUACAGAGGACAUGCAAACAUUUCAUGCUGGUGGAUUCUAAAGACCAUUCAGACAAAGACCAGUAAACAUUUUAAACUCAUAUUGUGCUACUUCUUGGUCUACUUUGUAGUAGGCACACUGGCCUUCUCCAACUUUUUACCAUGGACAUGAAAAAAACUUUUUGCAGCAUACACAGAAAAACCAAGAUAAAACUUUAUUUCAUUUUUUCAUGAACUAUCUGUUACCUUCAAGGAUACAUGUAAGCAUACAUGUAUAAAUACUCCAGAGCACAGCUGACACAGGAGACAAGUCACACUUGGCCUGAAGGUUGUCUACUGCUGUUAGAAAAUAUCUGCCACAUCCUGGUGAACACUUUGUGUGGAAUAUAUGUACAAAAAGUAGUAGAGCAGUAAUAUCUAACUAUUGACAAAGUCCAAAACCUUCCAGGCAAUAUGCAUUCUCACAAAGGUAACAGCUAAGAUCCUUACAUGUUUUCACUCUUGCAUGUAGCAAUGUCAUUCAUAUAUCAUGCCACAUAAAACAAUCAAUAUGA